AUGGCUGAGACAGAGGAUGGGAGCGCAGAGUGUGUCGUGGGGAUGGAGGUGGCGAAAGAACCAGCGCCUUCACUUGCCAAACUGUCCCUGAAAGUGCACGAGAUCGCCAAGGACGCCCAGAAUCGCAACGGGUUGCGGCACGGGGACUACCACCAGUACCGCCAGUACUGCACGCGGAGGCUGAAGCGGGUGCGCUCGUUGCCCCAAGUGCGCUUCAUGUUCGGCAAGGGCAAGGGUUUCGUGCAAAAGGAGCUUACUCCGGAGUCGGUGACCUCGGCGAGCCACCUCGAGAUUCCCCUCAUGAUGGCUGAAAGAGCCUGGGCGUUCGCGAUGCAGCGCAAGCAGGAGACGGCCGAUGCCCCCUAUCGAGUCAGGCGCCACGUCGUCACGCGUCUCGCAAAAGCAGCCAAGUGGUCUGGCGACUUGGAAGCCCUGUGCCUCGAGACCGCGGACGAACGCACGUGCCUGGAGGCCACUGCCUACUGCGCGUGGAUGUCCGGGAACUUAUUGCUCGAGAAGGAGGCCUGGCGGGAGGCCCUGGACCGCUUCUCCACGGCCGACCGCAUCUGCCAGGAGCUCGGCAAGGUGGGGGCAAUCGAAGAUCAAGACUUGUUCUCCCGCCGGGUGGAGGAGAUCGAACCCAUCCUGCGGUACUGCCGCUACAACCUCGACGCCACCGCCUCGGAGGAACUCCUCGAGAUGAGCCGGGAGGACUCCAGCGCAGGGGGCGACCUUCUCGCCGCGAAGCUCGAGUCGGUGGUGGCCGAGGCACGCAAGAAGCAGGCGAGCGCGCUUGACAGCGUCGAGUGGAGGGGCAAGAAGGUGGCCGUAAGGUCGGAGACGCUCCGCGUGGCGCUGGUCAAGGCCGACGAGCUGGCACGGAGACUCGAGGCGGGGGGGGGUAGUCCCGGCUGCGAGGACCCCAAGCCGGGGCAGUACCUCAAGGUGUUCGGGGCGUAUGACGAUGCGCUCGGGACGAUAUCUCAGGAGACGUCGAGGCUUCAAGGGAAGGGCGGGGGGGCGAAGAUGGAGGCGCAUCGGUCCGAGCUGGAGGGGCUGCGCGCGUACGCGCAGCACCACAAGCUGAGGCUCAUGCUGCAGAGGAACGAGCGCCUGGUGCAGGAGUUGCAGGAGAAGAGGAAGGCCGGUGGCGGGGGAGGGGAGCGAGAUCCCGUCGGGGAGGUGGCGGACAUCGUCCACGUUUACGACGCCUUGUUGCAGAGCGUGAGGAGCAUGGUGACGAACCUAGGAGGAGGAGACGAUGAAAAUGACGAUAUCGCCGAGCUGGAGGACGAGGUGAUAGAGAGCGCCAGAGCGGACGAGGCGAGGUUUCGGGCCUUCCGAUGUUUCUUUGUUAUUGAGGCCUUCUCGGCACAGCAGAAGUGGGCGGAAGCGUCAGCCCUGUUCGGGCACACCCGCACCCUCUGCCAAGAAGCGGCCGAGAUGCUGGACGACGACGACCCCCGUGCGGAGAGCCUCACCGAGCUGGACGAGAUGGUGCAGGGAGCGUGGCACCGCACCGCCGCCCACGCGCUCCUCCUCAAGUCGAAGCAAGAGGCCGCGCUCUCUGCCGGCGUGGACGGGAUUUCCAUCGGUGGAGGCGUGAAUGCCGGGGCUUGUCCUUGGGCGGGUCGACCUUUGCAGGAACGUCUGAAAGAGUUCGACCCCGCAGGCGGAGGCAGUGGUACGGCGGAGAGGGGCAGCAAGAAGAGGACGUACCGUAUCGCUGACUUCCCGCCGUCUUUGCAGCUAGUGCCCUGUAAGCCCCGGCUGCUGGACCUCGCCUUUGACGAGCUGGAGUUCCCGGACAUCGACGAGCGAGCGGGGAUCGAGAAGGAACCGGAGGUUGAGGAGGAGCCUAAGGGUGCUGCCGCCGGCGGGGGAGGGAUAAGUGGCUGGGUUGGCUGGGCGUUAGGGCGGUCGAAGUAGAGGGAUUGAUGAAUCUGCAGUCAUGAUGUUGGUUGAGCUGGGGCAGAGGUGGAUGAAGCGAGGAUGGUUCGUCUGUUGUUGGGCGUUGGAGGGCGUCGUUUUUGGGUAGCUUGCCUGUGAUGACUACGGAAGGAGACGUUCGCGUCAGUUGGACCAGGGUACGGAUGUUUGAAGGUGCCGCUGAGAAGAGAUCCGAACGGUUUGACGUGAAAGGGGACGACAACCAACAACAAUAUAUACCGAGACCGCGAGCUGCGCGUGUGUCCAACCAU